AUGAAUUGCACUUUUAAAUAGAAGGAUGCUUUAAAUGACAUUUUGGUUUAAGUUAAAGAUGUACAUGAGCAAAUACUCAAUGUUAUGUUAGAAAUAUUUCGAAAGGAAAAAGUCUAGGAUUGUAUCGAAUAUCUUGCAGAUAAUAGUAAUCAAAGACAUAUAGAAAAAUAGAUCUUAUAACAACACGAAAAUUAAAUUCAUGUUGAUAAAGAGUAGGAAUUGUAUGAUGUUAAUAAUUACAUGAAAAAAAUUAAUGAUGUCUUAAACUAAUUAAAAGAUCAUGACUUCAAUAAAAAAGACUAUUCCAUAGUAGAAAAUUAGAAAUCUAAACAGGAUCUAAUUAAUAACAUAAAAAAUGAGAGAUAAAUUAUAGAUUUUUUGUAAUUUUUAGUUCUCAUUACAUCCAUAGAUAACAAUUUAAUACAAUGUGGGUCUAAUUCAUUAUAUUUAUUAGUUUAGUUGAAAGUGGACCUUAGAAAUAAAAAUUUUUAAAACAUUAGGAUUUAAAAUACUUCUUUGAUAGGAGCUAAUUUUGUUCGUUGUAAUUUAAGUGGAUCAUAAUUUAAUAAUGUUAAUAUAUGUGGGAUUAAUUUGAAUGGAGCAUUAUUAUUGAAUUGCAAAUUUAUCAACUCAAGAAUCCAGGAAUUAAAUUAAUUAAAUGGUCAUCUUUAUAUAGUUUAAUCAAUUUGCUUUUCUCCAGAUGGUACUACUUUAGCAUCUGCAUGUGGGAAUUCUGAUGGUAUUAGUAAUAACUCUAUUCUUUUAUGGGAUUUAAAAACAGGAUUAUAAAAAGCAAAAUUGGAUGGUCAUAAUAAUUUGGUCUUGUCAGUCUGUUUCUCUCCCGACGGAACUAAAUUAGCAUCUAGCAGUAGUGACAACUCUAUUAGAUUAUGGGAUUUUAAAACGAGAAAAAAGAUGGCUAAAUUAGAUGGUCAUAAACAAUGUAUAAACUCAGUCUGUUUCUCUCCUGAUGGAAAUAUAUUAGCUUCUGGUAGUGAUGAUAAGUCUAUCCGUUUAUGGGAUAUUAAAACAGGACAAUAAAAUGCCAUAUUGGAUGGUCAUGAUGGAGAUGUUCGAUCAGUCUGUUUCUCUCCUGAUGGAAAUAUAUUAGCUUCUGGUAGUGAUGAUAAGUCUAUCCGUUUAUGGGAUAUUAAAACAGGAUAAUAAACAGCCAAAUUAGACGGUCAUGAAGGAGAUGUUCGAUAAGUCUGUUUCUCUCCUGAUGGAAAUACGUUAGCUUCUGGUAGUCAUGAUAAGACUAUCCGUUUAUGGGAUUUUAAAACAGGAUUAUAAAAAUCAAAAUUAGAUGUUCAUACUGAUUUGGUCGUAUCUGUCUGUUUUUCUCCUGAUAGUAAUACAUUAGCAUCAGGAAGUUAUGAUAACUCAAUCCGUUUAUGGGAUAUAAAAACAGGAUAAUAAAAAGCAAAAAUAGACGGUCAUGAUGAACCUGUUACUUCAGUCAGUUUCUCUCCUGAUGGAAAUACUUUAGCUUCUGGAAGUUAUGAUAAGUCUAUCCGUUUAUGGGAUUUUUAAACUGAAUAUUAAAAAGAAGAACUAGAUGGUCAUGAUGAACCUGUCAUAUCAGUCUGUUUCUCUCCUGAUGGAAAUACAUUAGCUUCUGGUAGUUCAGACAACUCGAUUUGUUUAUGGGAUAUUAAAACAGGAUAACAAAUAGCCAAAUUAGAUGGUCAUCAAAAUUGGGUUAUGUCAGUCUGCUUUUCUCCUGAUGGAAAUACAUUAGCAUCGGGUAGUUAUGAUAGCUCGAUUCUUCUAUGGGAUAUAAAAACAGGAUAAUCAAGAGUUAAAUUGGAUAUCCAGGUUAGUGCAAUCAUGACAGUCUGUUUCUCCCCUAAUGGAAACACCUUAGCAUCUUGUAGCGAUGAUAAGUCAAUCCGUUUAUGGGAUGUUAAAACAGGAUAAUAAAAAGCCAAAUUUGAAGGUCAUAGUGAUUAUGUUAGAUCAGUGUGUUUCUCCCCCGACCAAAUUACAUUAGCAUCUGGUAGUGAUGAUAAAUCUAUCCGUUUAUGGGAUAUUAAAACUGGAUUACAAAUAGCCAAAUUAGAUGGUCAUGAAAAUUGGGUCAUGUCAGUCUGCUUUUCUCCUGAUGGAAAUACAUUAGCAUCGGGUAGUUAUGAUAGCUCGAUUCGUCUAUGGGAUAUUCGAAUAGGAUAAUAACAAACAAAAUUAGAUGAUCAUACUAGUGCCAUCAUGUCGGUAUGUUUCUCUCCUGAUGGAAAUUCAUUAGCUUCUGGUAGUGAUGAUAAGUCUAUCCGUCUAUGGGAUAUUACAACAGGAAAAUAAAAAGCCAAAUUGGAUGGUCAUUCUAAUAUUGUCUAUUCAGUCUGCUUCUCUCCUGAUGGAAAUACAUUAGCAUCUGGUAGUAAUGAUAAGUCUAUCCGUCUAUGGGAUAUUAAAACAGAAUAAUAAUAAUCUUUAUUGGAAUAUUCGUGUAGUAAUUUUUUAACACCUGUUUUUAAUAAUUAGCUUAUUAGUUUAUGUAAUGGUCAAACUGGAAUAGAAAUUCAAUCCUUUAACCAAGGUUACUAAGGGAUCUCUUCAAAAUUAAACAAGCCCUAUAGUAUAAAUAUUCCUAUUCCUAGUAAUAUUUUUUUCAUAUAAUUUAGCCUCCAAAAAUAUUACUAUCCUCCUGAUAUCAUAAAUACCAAUACUUUAAGCUUAAUUCGCUAUAAUUCUACAAGGAGAAUUCUUAAAUUAUUAAGGAGUUGAUUUACGAUCGUUAUUACAAUGCAAAGGUGGCUUUUUUUUGGAAAGUUAAAUGUAAAAGUUAAUUUGA